AUGACUGAAGAAUCUGCAGUUAAAGUCUGUGUCAGGAUUCGUCCAUUAAUACAAAGGGAAGAAGCAAGUGCGGAAAGCGCAGAGCAAGUCCCUUUCUACUGGAAAGCUGAUAAACAAACUGUAUGUCAGAUCGAUGAUGGCAAUGUUUCUAAGAGUUUCAGUUUUGACAGAGUCUUUACUGCUGAAGAAUCAACCAAUCAGCUUUACCAAGACAUUGCAAAGCCACUUGUUGUCUCUGCUGUUGAAGGCUACAAUGGGACAAUAUUUGCCUACGGGCAAACGUCAUCUGGAAAGACUUUUACCAUGAUGGGGAGCAGUCGUGAGCCCGGAGUGAUACCGUUGGCCAUGGAAGAUGUCUUCAAGACUAUUAAAAAUUGUCCAAAGAAGGAGUUCCUUCUGCGAGUAUCCUACAUGGAGAUCUACAAUGAGACCGUUACAGACCUGCUCUGUGAUAGCUGGAAAAGGAAGCCUUUGGAAAUUCGUGAAGGGAACUAUAAAAAUGUUUAUGUGGCUGAUUUGACUGAGGAAUUGGUUACGUCUGCUGAACAAGCAAUCAGCUGGAUCAAAAAAGGCGAAAAGAAUCGACAUUAUGGGAAGACCAAAAUGAACGAGCGUAGCAGUCGGUCUCACACCAUUUUCCGAAUGAUUUUGGAAAGUCGUGAGAGAAGUGACCCUGCUGCGGGUGAAAAUGCAGAUGGUGCCAUCAUUGUGUCACAUCUGAACUUGGUUGACCUGGCUGGUGCUGAAAGGGCAAGUCAGACAGGAGCUGAAGGCGCACGACUCAAAGAAGGAUGCAAUAUAAAUCGGAGUUUGUUCACCCUUGGGCAGGUGAUCAAGAAGUUAUCUGAUGAAAAUCAGGGCGGCUUCACAAAUUACAGGGACAGUAAACUUACUCGAAUUCUCCAAAACUCACUGGGUGGCAAUGCUAAAACUGUGAUCAUCUGCACUAUUACUCCAGCUACUGUAGACGAGACACUCAGCACUCUGCAGUUUGCCAGUACAGCAAAGCGCAUGAAGAAUGAUCCUCACGUCACAGAGGUUUCCGAUGAUGGAGCCCUGUUGAGAAGAUACAGAAACGAAAUUGUGGACCUCAAAAGGCGCCUACAGGAGGUCUCAUCAGUUACGCAGACAACCGUAACCGAGAAAGCGGUUUUGGCCCAGUUGUUGCAAGAAAAGGAUCAACUCCAAAGAGAACAAGAAGACAGGAUUAGAAACCUGACCAGAAUCAUUGUUACCUCUAAAAACUUUGAUGCUGUUGAAAAGAAGAUUCCAAAGAGAAGAGUUACAUGGGGAGGCAAGCUUCUGAGGUCUGUGCAACCAGAUGACUUUCAUAUUGGUGAUGCAGAGUUUGGUCCCCCAGAGCCAUUUGUCAAAAAGAGAAAAACUGACCUGUCUACUUUGCGUGAAAAUGAUGAGGAUGGUGAGGAGUUCGCUUCUGGCUGGGAAAUCCCAGAAGACGUCCCGUUUGACAUUGAAAUGAAUCAGAGCAAUGUGACCAUGCGCAGUUUGUGCUUCUCGGACAGUGAUUUUGUCUCCCCCAUACGGGCGGAUGAACUGUCUGAGAAGAUAGCCAGCCUGGAGCUGCAGCUACAGACGGAGACACAGCAGAAGCAGGAAGCUGUGGAGAUGAGUGCAUCUCUGGAGAGGAGGGUGGCUGAGCUGGAGAGAGAGCUUGAGGCCAAAGCACAGGAAAUACCCCACGAUGUACAGGAGGAGUACAAGAAGGAUCUGGGAGAUACUAUCCAGCUGUGUGAGGCUCUUGUGUCUGAGAAGAACAUACUUACUGCUGAACGUGAUCUCCUUCAGCGGGAGUAUGAUGUCUUGCGGGAGGAGAACCAGAUCCUGUCACAGGAGAAGGAGCACCUUCAGAAGGAAAUUGAAGAGCACAGAGAGUUGCAGGAGUUCAGAGAACUGGAACAAGAGAGCACCAAACAAUGCGAGGCUGAGCUAGUGAAUGAGAUCUCCAGUUUAAAGAAAGCGGCAGAGAAAUCUGCCAUAUCUAUCCAAAAGCUUGAGGCUGAUAUGGCUGCACUGUCAGCUGAACUAAAACGGAAGGAGGAAUGGAUCGAAGAACUGCAGAGUCUUAAUGACAAGGACUUGGUUCAGCAGAUCCAGCAGUUGAAACAGUCUCUGCAGGAUGCAGAGACUCUGAGUAUUGACACAAAGAAGGAAUGGGCCUUCCUGCGCAGUGAGAAUCUCUCGCUGAAGGAGAGGGAUACAACAAUGACUGCGGACUACGAGAAGAUGAAGGCCGAGGUGACAGCCCUGUCCAGGAAGCUGGAGGCAGAAAACGCCCGCUUUAAGAAGAUGCAGGCAGAUCUGCAGAAGGAACUACAAGGGGCAUUUGAGGAGAACACCAAGCUGACCACCCUUCUGGAUGGAAAAGUCCCCAGAAAUCUCAUUGACAGCAUUCAACUGGAAAGAACAGUCUCUGAUCUGAAGAAAGAGCUUGAGAUGUACCAGGGCCGGGAGAGGUCCUUGCAGACUAAGCUGGAGGAGCUGGAGGCAUUCAAGGACCUCCCAGCCCAAGUGGACAAUUUGAACAAAAAGAUUUGCAGCCUUACUGAAGAGCUUGCUGCUGUCCAGACUGAGAGGGAUGGUCUGCUGUCUGUUCAGGCUGGCACUGAUGCAGAAAUGCAGAGACUGACAGGGGAGGCUCAGCAAGCCCAGGAUGAGCUGGCUGACACCCGAGCCAAGCUGACUGAGGCAGAGAUGAGGGGAGACCAUGUGACCCAGCAGCACUUGGAUGCCACCAAACAACUUGAGGGACUGGGAGAGGAGUUGGAGCACCUCAGAGAGGAAAAACGGCAGCUUCUCAGCACCUUGGAGGAACUAAACUUGAAUUUGGAGAAGAGCAGAGAAAAUGAGAGGUCUAUUGAAGAAAAGCUAUGUGAACAACAACUUUUCAUGAAAGACUUGGAGAAGAAAAUUGCCGACGAUCAACAGUCAUUCAAGCACACAGAAGAGCACUUCAGUGAUCUUUCGAAACAACAUCAAGACCAGAUCCAGCAGCUGGCUGUGGAGCUGGAGGGAGUGAGAGAGGAGAGGAGCCAGCUGGAGAAAGACCUGCAGGAGAACAUGGAGAUGAUGAAGCAACUGAAAGAGGAGCUGGAGUCGCUGCGCAGUGAGAGAGACGCCUUGCAGUCUGAGAGAACAGCCACAGCUCAGAUACCAGAGGAGGAACUGGAGAAGUUCCGCUCACACUUGACCUCCAUCACUGAGGAGAGAGACCAGCUCCAGCAGAUACUGGAGGGAGUGAGAGAGGAGCGGAACCAGCUGAACAGUGACUUGCAGGAGAAGGAGGAGAUGGUUGUACAGGUCCAGGAGGAGCUGAGACAGCAACAGCAUCUACAAUCUGAACAGCAGGCCCUGAGAGAGGAAGAGCAGGCCCAACUCCAACAGCAAAUCCAGCAGCUGAGUGAGGAGCUGGAGGGAGUAAAGGAAGAGAAGAACCAGCUAAAGGUUGAUCUGCAGGAGAAUGUAGAGAUGAUGAUUGAAAAUCAGGAGGAAUUGAGAGCGGCUCAAGAGAAAAUCAGAAAGCAGCAAGAAACUGUGAAAGACUUGGAGACCCAGAUUUCCCAGCUGCAGUCAAGGCUGCUGAACAGCAAUGUGGCUGAAGAGAGCCUACCUGACCUGGAGAACCUCAACGAUAAAAUAAAGCAACUGAAUGAGGAGCUGGAGUCGCUGCGCAGUGAGAGAGACUCUCUCCAGUCUGAGAGAACAGCCACAGCUCAGAUACCAGAGGAGGAACUGGAGAAGUUCCGCUCACACUUGGCCUCCAUCACUGAGGAGAGGGACCAGCUCCAGCAGAUACUGGAGGGAUUGAGAGAGGAGCGGAACCAGCUGAACAGUGACUUGCAGGAGAAGGAGGAGAUGAUGGUACAGAUCCAGGAGGAGCUGAGACAGCAGCAGCAUCUCAGCUCAGAACAGCAGGCCCUGAGGGAGGAAGAGCAAGCUCAACUCCAACAGCAAAUCCAGCAGCUGGGUGAGCAACUGGAGGGAAUGAGAAAUGAGGGGAACCAGUUGAAGAGGGACCUCCAGGAGAAGGAGGAGAUGUUGGUACAGGUCCAGGAGGAGCUGAGACAGCGGCAGCAUCUCAGCUCAGAACAGCAGGCCCUGAGGGAGGAAGAGCAGGCUCAACUCCAACAGCAAAUCCAGCAGCUGGGUGAAGAACUGGAGGGAAUGAGAGGUGAAAAGAGCCAGCUGAAGAGGGACCUCCAGGAGAAGGAGGAGAUGAUCCAGCAGCUCGGUGAAGAGCUAGAGGGACUGAGAGAGGAGAAGAACCAGCUAAAGGUUGAUCUGCAGGAGAAUGUAGAGAUGAUGAUUGAAAAUCAGGAGGAAUUGAGAGCGGCUCAAGAGAAAAUCAGAAAGCAGCAAGAAACUGUGAAAGACUUGGAGACCCAGAUUUCCCAGCUGCAGUCAAGGCUGCUGAACAGCAAUGUGGCUGAAGAGAGCCUACCUGACCUGGAGAACCUCAACGAUAAAAUAAAGCAACUGAAUGAGGAGCUGGAGUCGCUGCGCAGUGAGAGAGACGCCUUGCAGUCUGAGAGAACAGCCACAGCUCCGAUACCAGAGGAGGAACUGGAGAAGUUCCGCUCACACUUGACCUCCAUCACUGAGGAGAGAGACCAGCUCCAGCAGAUACUGGAGGGAGUGAGAGAGGAGCGGAACCAGCUGAACAGUGACUUGCAGGAGAAGGAGGAGAUGGUGAGAGCUGGCAGUGUGGCUGUUAUGGCUGAACAUUGAUGUUUCAUCAUCGUUUUUCUUGACACCAUUCACUGGGUGUGGAAUUAAGGAGAAAGGUUCUGUUUUCAGAUGGUACAAGUCCAGGAGGAGCUGAAACAGCAACAGCAUCUACAGUCUGAACAGCAGACCCUGAGAGAGGAAGAGCAGGCUCAAUUCCAACAGCAAAUAAAACAACUGAAUGAGGAGCUGGAGUCAGUGCGCAGUGAGAGAGAGACUCUCCAAUCUGGGAGAACAUCCACAGCUCAGAUACCAGAGGAGGAAAUGGAGAAGUUCCGCUCACACUUGGCCUCCAUCACUGAGGAGAGGGACCAGCUCCAGCAGAUACUGGAGGGGUUGAGAGAGGAGCGGAACCAGCUGAACAGUGACUUGCAGGAGAAGGAGGAGAUGGUGAGAGCUGAACGUUCAUGCUUCAUUGUUUUUCUUGACAACAUUCACGGGCUGUGGAAUUAAGGAGAAAGGUUCUGUUUUCAGAUGGUACAGAUCCAGGAGGAACUGAGACAGCAGCAGCAUCUCAGCUCAGAACAACAGGCCCUGAGGGAGGAAGAGCAGGCUCAACUUCAGCAGCAAAUCCAGCAGCUGGGUGAAGAACUGGAGGGAAUGAGAGGUGAAAAGAGCCAGCUGAAGAGGGACCUCCAGGAGAAGGAGAUGAUCCAGCAGCUGGGUGAGGAAGUGGAGGGAAUGAGAAAUGAGGGGAACCAGCUGAAGAGGGACCUCCAGGAGAGGGAGGAGAUGUUGGUACAGGUCCAGGAGGAGCUGAGACAGCAACAGCAUCUCAGCUCAGAACAGAGCCUGAGAGAGGAAGAGCAGGCUCAACUCCAGCAGCAAAUCCAGCAGCUGGGUGAGGAACUGGAGGGAAUGAGAGAUGAGAGAAACCAGCUGAAGAGAGACCUCCAGGAGAGGGAAGAGAUGGUUGCUCAGAUUCAGAACAGAUUAAUCGAUCAACAACAGCUGAAUUCGGAGCAAGAGAACAUGAGCAAACAGAAACAAGCGGAGUACCAACAACAAAUCCAGCAACUGGGAGAGGAGCUGGAGGGUCUGAGGAAGGAGAGUCAGCAGAAGGCUGAACUGGAAGAGGCCUCACAAGAGUUGCUGUCUGAAGCAAACCUGACCAUAUGUAGCCUGAAGGAGCAGAUCAGUUCCCUUGAGCAGAGAAGCAUCCAGGCGGACAAGGGAGAGCAGAGACUGCGCCACAGGCUGGAGGAAUCUGAACAGCAGCUCCAGGAAAUGUUUGAGAAAUAUCAGCGCUUCAUAGACAACGGUGUGAGCACUUCAAGGACCUUGGCUCAGCCGUUGAAAGAGGCCUCAACUGUACAGAAUGAUUUGAUGUUCAAACUGUUGCCCUGCAUUCCAAAGCCCUUGAGGAACCUGUACGUUGACUUCCGCAAGAGCACAGACAGCAUCAACGACAUCCUGUGGCGGACAGCGUGGGGUUACGCGCACGUUGCCAAGGUCUACAGAAGGCAGUUUGAGGCUGAAACCACGCAGGACGUGGCUCUCUCUGAGGAGGGCCGUCUGCAGGACCUGCUCGUCCAUUGGGCUCAGUCCCCCGGCAGCACGCUCAGCCUGAAGGCCAGCGAUAUUCAGGAGGUCUGGGACCAGAGACUCUCAGAGCUUCUGGAGAAGAGAGAGCAGCGCCUCCAGAAAAUGAAAAGUGUGUUAGUGGAGCUGGAGGAGGGCAUGGUCAAGAAUGAAGGGACCAUUUCUGCGGAGCUUCCAGAGCAGCAGAGGACCAAUGAGGAGCUGCGGGCCCUGAGCAGCGCCCUGUCCCCAGACCUCACGGCUCUGGAAAACCUGCUGGAGCAAGAGCGGGUCAGACGCACCGAAGUGCUGCAGAACAAGAAGUCCACUUUCCUGCAUGUGCAGGAGAGGUACCACCAGCUGGACAAAAGCCUGCAGAACUUUAAAGCAGAGGCUGGCCAUCAGCUGAAGGAGGAGAGGAGUAAGAGUCUGGUGCUGAUGCAAAAUCAGGAGAACAGCCCUGGAACGAGCGAGACAGACCUGUUGCAGAACAGCAAGCAGCUCCUCCUCAAACUACAGCAGUCAGAGAAGGACCUUAAGAUGAUUCAGGUUAGAGUGAAUGAGCUGGAGGAGGCCCAAGCCAAAGCAGAUGACCGCGUCUCGACCCAUAAGCAGGCCACACAGCUCCUGCAAACCAAGCUUCAGGAUGUCCGCGCCGAGCUGGAGGAGAAAGAGAACGCCGUCCAGAACCUCAAAAAGCAGCUCCAAGAUAGCCAGGUCCAGGCGCUGACUGGAAUGGCCCAGACUGUGGAGAUGGAGAAGAUGAAGAACAAACUGGUGAAAAUGGAACUGGAGCAAACCGCACUGUCCACAAAACACCAGGAGGAGAUAAAGAAAAUGAACACUUUGCUGCAGCAUAAAGAGGAGGCCUUGAGGAAGCUGAAGGAGACCCUCAGAAAAGCUCAGCAGCAGGACGAUGACUCAUUCAUGGAAAACGAGGCCAUGUGCUUCAAUGCAGCAGCCAUCACUGGAGGGCGCACUGCCCAGAGCACUGCCAUGAUGGAGAAAAACAAACCUGAAGAUGUGAAACAGCUGAAGAAAAUUGAGACUCUUGAGAGCCUGGUCCCGGGCCAGCAGGUGGAGAUGGCCAGGUGGAAAGGGAGGCCCGCCAAGCUGAAAGAGAACAAACGGGAAGCACUGAGCCUGGAGGCGCCGCUGUCUCCACACACGCCCACCAAGAAGAGCCGCCUAAUCACCUCCGAAGGCCACGUCCUGGCCUCCCCCAAGAGCAAGUUCUUCGACGCCCACUCUGUCUCCGAAUCGAUGUCCGCCAACUGCCCCAAGCAGUUCUUUGAUAACUCCAACCUCGGGACCACUCCAGGGUAA